AUGCCUGAUUUACAUGUUGGUCAAGCUACACCUAUUGGUUGUGUUGUUGCUACGGAACCAACUGUUGUUUAUCCUGAAUUAAUUGGUUCUGAUAUUGGUUGUGGUAUGAGUUUUAUUCGAACAUCACUACCUCUUAUAUCUGAAGAUGAUGAAAGAAAAUUAACUAAAUGGACAAAACAAUUACAAGGUUUAGAUGAUUAUUUAUCAAAUGAAACAAUCAAAGAAUUUCUUCAAAUAAAUCUCGAAUGGCCAACAACAGUUGAUAAAAUAAUAAAUGAUCAUAUUGAAAAUGAACAAUUAGGUACAAUUGGUGCUGGUAAUCAUUUUAUUGAAUUACAACGUAUUGAAGAACUCUAUGAUAAUAAAUAUGAUGAUCUAUCAACAGAAUAUCUUUAUUUACUUGUUCAUUCAGGUAGUCGUAGUUUAGGCGAAAGAUUUUUACGUGAAUAUGGAAAAAGUCAUGAUGAAACACGUGGACUUGAAAAAGGUACUGAUGCAUAUGAAAUUUAUAUGCAAAAACAUGAUGAAGCAUGUACAUGGGCUAAACGUAAUCGAGCAUUAAUAGCUCAACGUUUUCUUACAUGUCUUGGUGAUACAAAUCCACCACAAUGUCUUGUUGAUAUUUGGCAUAAUAAUGUUGUAUUAAAAGAAUUAUCAUCUGAACAAUGUCAAGUACAUCUUCAUCGUAAAGGUGCAGCACCAUCUGAUAAAGGUCGUAUUAUUAUUCCAGGUAGUCGUGGUACACAUUCCUAUCUUGUUGAAUCAAUUAAUGAAAAUCAAGAAUUAUCUGGAUAUUCAUUAGCACAUGGUGCUGGUCGUGCUAUGUCACGUUCAAAAGCUCGACAAUAUUUUAGUGAAAAAUAUCCAAAUAUAGAUCGAUUAAAAAUAACAGAAAAUUUAGAAUCACAUGUUGUAUGUGAUGAUAAACAAUUACUUUAUGAAGAACAUCCACAAGCAUAUAAAACAAUUGAUGCAAUUAUUGAUGAUCUUGUUGAAGCUAAACUAAUAAGAAUUCUAGCAAAAAUGAGACCAUUAAUUACAUAUAAAACAAGAUUAACACAUAGAGAAUAA